AUGGCUAGUUGGUUGAUGAAUAACCAGAAGUUAAGUCCUAUGGGGUUGAUGAUCAAAGAUGAGAUGAAUAUGAGUUAUGUAUUUGGCCAAAAACAAAAAACUAGUAGUAUUGAUCUUAUGCAGAAUUGUGACUUGCCUCCACCUUUGAAGGUAUUUUCUGGUCCAGAUAAGUCGGUGCUAUCACCGAUGAAUGAUAACGUGUGGAGGAGGAUGGAGGAGGAACACGAGGGGGUGAAUAUCGAGCUUAAACAAGAAGAGGGGAGUGAUAGAUUAGAGCUUUUAAAGGCGUUGAGACGAUCACAAACACGAGCAAGAGAGGCAGAGAGGAAGUACCUUGCAUUGCAUAAGGAGAAGGAAGCUCUUUCGAAUUUGAUGCUUGAAGAAUCAGCGCGAUCGAUUGCUUAUAAGAACUGGAUUAAAGUUCUUGAGUUACAAAUCCUGCAGUUAAAAACACAAAAGCAACAGCAGCAGCAACAACAUGAACAUGUUGAAACAUGGCAUAGGACAAAAGAAGAUGAAAAUGGUACAAAUGGUAUAACAUGGUUUAUGGCAAUUGCUUUUUGUUUAGGCAUAGCUGCAAUUGGCUGCAGAUACCUGCUUUGA